AUGUCUGCGCCAAACCCCAAUUCCUAUAACGACUUUGACGAGUUCCGGGAUCAGUACCAACAGCAGGCAAUACCCUCCGAGCUGCCUAGUCAGCCCAUGCCGCCUCUAGCGACCUACGACCAACAACAGCCGCACCUACCUAUCGUAUACCCGGUGCCGGUCCCCAUCUGCUCGUACUACCCUCCUGUUGCGUCCUAUACCCAGCCGAAACCCAAGCGGAAACGUAAGCCGUCAAACCCCAAUGCCCCAUUGAGUCAGCCACCCACGGCACGACCCAAGCCCCGACAGUCUGCGUACGCCUUAUGGGUCGGCAACAUUCCGUCAAACUCACCCAUUGACUCGCUGCGGACACUUUUUGCAACCAAAGACAUUGAGAGUAUUUUUAUGAUUCCCCGAAGCCGAUGUGCGUUUGUCAAUUAUAAGUCUGAAGAAGGUGUUGUCGCUGGAAUUGAAGCUUUCAACCAAAGAGGAGGACAGAUCAGAUCCAACAAACUAGUAGUAAAGAGACGGACCAAGGACCCCGACACGGAUAGCCCCGAGCCAUUGACGGACUCGGAGCGGUCCCAGACCUCUUCUCCACCCCUCACAGACAGGUACUUUGUCUGCAAGAGUCUCACGGUCAGAGACUUGGAGGUGUCGCGAGAAAACUCGCUGUGGUCGACCCAGAGCCAUAAUGAGGCCAUGCUCAAUAAGGCCUUCCGAGACGGGUCCAACGUCUAUUUGAUUUUCUCUGCCAACCGAACAGGUGAGUUCUUUGGCUGUGCCAAGAUGAUUGAGCCCAUCCCUCCUAAGGAGAAAACAAUUUCAAGCGUCAUCACCACCUCCUCCAGCCAUGUAUACAGUCCUGUGAUCACCAUGACGCCCUCUUCCGGCGAGAUUCCCGCAGGAAGAAUUGUUCACGAUGUCGAGCGGGCGUCUCUGUUUUGGGAGGUUUUAGAUUCUGUGUCUAAACCCGUAGAAGAGGAGUCCAACUGGACUUCGCCCUUCCGAAUCCAAUGGCUGGGCAACCGGAACCGGCGUGUACAUUUCUCUGAAACGCGCCACCUCAGAAACUCGCUAAACUCUGGCCGAGAGGUCAAGGUGGCUCGAGAUGGCACUGAGAUUGAGCCCUCGGUUGGACGUACCAUAGUGGAGAUGUUCAAUUGA